GGCACAGCAAGCUGGAUCAGAAGAAAUCACGAAUGGAUCCAGAAUAUAUAAACGACGAAAGAAUGUCUUGCUGCACUUGUGUUUUUGCUCUACAUCACAUGCAACUUCGACAUCGGACAAAUAACAUAACCGCCUCAUUAAGUCGACUUCAAUUCUCCAAGCCCAGUGCAUCAACGCAAGCCGACUUUUCGCUGCCAAACUUUUACCAUAUCAACCAUGUACUUUUCAACUAUGCGCACUCUCUCCCUCCUUUCGGCCUUUACCCUCCCAGUUACCAUUACUGCCAGCCAAGUCGGUGAUUCAGGCACCCUGUCCUCUCUCGACGGGGGCCUUGGCGGCGUCGUUACCGUCGUCAGCAACUCGUCCCUCAAGAUCUCAAAAUAUGAGCUCGCCGAUGCCAGUGCUCCUGAGCUUUACUGGUGGGGUAGCGCCUCCAAAGAUCUCUCAUCCGGCUUCCGUAUUUCCAACGCUCAUAUAACACAAGCUGCUACCUCAGACAGUCUAACAAUCAACUUGGACGCGGGGCACCCACCAAUCGACUUUGAUUUCGUGGGUUUGUGGUGUGAGAAAUUUAAGACCAAUUUUGGUCAGGCGGAACUCAAAGCCAGUGGAACUAGUGGUGAUUUGCAUACUACUACAGGCGCUGCGGCACCGGCCCAUACAACUACUGGUACUGGUUCUGUGAAUGCCGCUAGUUCCAUGUUUGUUAUUGUAGCAAUGGCCGCUGGAUUUGCAAUCUCUAUACUAUAGGUUAGGACAGUUACAAUAAGUAGAGUUGCUUGUGGGAUUAAAUUGAAGUAUAUAGGGGGAGGGUUAUAGAUUUGUUUAUUACAACU